GUACGCGACUGCCACUAAAUACUCAAUAUCAGUCGCUAAAGAGUCGUUGUUGGGAACAAAACCACCUCAGUUGGUAUAUUCAGAUUUUUUGCAAAUAAAACGCUACAACUCCACCAUGCCUAUCAAGUCCAUUCAUGCUCGCCAAAUCUUCGAUUCUCGCGGUAAUCCCACCGUUGAGGUUGAUCUUACCACCGAAUUGGGUCUUUUCCGUGCUGCCGUACCCUCUGGUGCCUCCACCGGCGUCCAUGAAGCUUUGGAAAUGCGUGAUGAUGACAAAAAGAAUUAUCACGGCAAGAGUGUCUUGAAGGCUGUCGGUCAUGUCAACAGCACUUUGGGUCCUGAACUCAUCAAGGCCAACUUGGAAGUCACCGACCAGGAAGCUGUCGACAACUUCAUGUUGAAGUUGGACGGUACUGAGAAUAAGUCGAAAUUCGGUGCCAACGCUAUUUUGGGCAUCUCUUUGGCUGUCUGCAAGGCUGGUGCUGCCAAGAAAGGUGUGCCCUUGUACAAACACAUUGCCGAUUUGGCUGGCAAUAAGGAUAUCAUUUUGCCCGUUCCUGCCUUCAAUGUUAUCAAUGGUGGUAGCCAUGCUGGCAACAAAUUGGCCAUGCAAGAAUUCAUGAUUUUGCCUACGGGUGCCUCCAGCUUCACUGAUGCCAUGAAAAUCGGCUCUGAGGUCUAUCAUCACUUGAAGAAGGUCAUUAAGGAUAAAUUCGGUUUGGAUGCCACCGCUGUCGGUGAUGAGGGUGGUUUCGCUCCCAACAUUCAAUCCAACAAGGAAGCCUUGAACCUUAUCAGUGAUGCCAUUGCUUUGGGUGGCUACACUGGCAAAGUUGAAAUUGGUAUGGAUGUUGCCGCCUCUGAAUUCUUCAAGGAUGGCUCCUACGAUUUGGACUUCAAGAACCCCAACAGCGACAAAGCCCAAUGGCUUGCUCCCGCCAAAUUGACUGAAAUGUAUCAGGAAUUCAUCAAGGACUUCCCCAUUGUGUCCAUUGAAGAUCCCUUCGACCAGGAUCAUUGGGAUGCCUGGACCAAUAUCACCGCCAACACCACCAUUCAAAUUGUCGGCGAUGAUUUGACUGUCACCAAUCCCAAGCGUAUCCAGACUGCCGUUGAGAAGAAGGCCUGCAACUGCUUGUUGUUGAAGGUCAACCAAAUCGGCACCGUCACCGAGUCAAUUAAGGCCCAUUUGUUGGCCAAACAAAAUGGCUGGGGCACCAUGGUCUCCCAUCGUUCCGGUGAAACUGAGGAUUCCUUCAUUGCCGACUUGGUUGUUGGCUUGUCCACUGGUCAAAUCAAGACCGGUGCUCCCUGCCGCUCCGAACGUUUGGCCAAAUACAAUCAAAUUCUCCGCAUCGAAGAAGAGUUGGGAGCUGGCGCCAAAUACGCUGGCAAAUCUUUCAGAAAACCCCAAUAAAUCAGUGUUGCUUGUGACUAAUUGAUAAGUACAUAGCACAGAACAUCUCAUUGUUAACUCACACAUCAUACAUUGUUAACACCAUUAAUUAAAUGCCACAAUUCCAACAACUGCAAAAGAAAAACCUAAGUUGAUCUUUGGUUCAUGCUGCAAGAUGACAUGAUACCAAAACAGUUUGCUUUGGCGCUCUUCAUGCCAUUUUGCUGCAUACAUACAUAGGUAUUUAUUUUUUUCAAAAUUAUCCACUCUUGAGCUAUUUCACCACAAUAUUUAUGGUAAAGUUAUCAACUGCUAAUAUAUGAACGUAUCUAAAGUUUAAACAUAAAACAAAAAGUGUUAAUUCUCCAUGUAGUUCGUUGUUGUCAAGAAGAGUUUUAAUACAAAAUGUAUCCAUCACAAUGCCAUUGUAACUUUUUUGGAAUAAGAAAAGAUUUGGUAUAUUUUGAAAAACUGCAACCAAACAACAAAGACAUAAAAUUGUUAAUUUAUAAUUAGUAGUUUUAAGCAAUUAUAAUCACUCUUGGGUGAUUAUAAUAAAAA